GGGACGCGGCCCACGAAGUACCGAGCAGUUCUGUGCGUGCAUGUGCGCGAGUGUACUACCCACGGAGGACACCCGUGCGCUCAGCAAAAAAAUAUUCCACGCGACCGUUGUUUUUUGUUUGUUUGUUUUUGUUUAAUUCUUUCUUUAUUUGUUUGUUUGUGUUUUUUAUGUAGCAGUUUCCAUUGCGUUUGCCUGAACCUCCUAAUCACCUCCUCCGCUACUUUCCGCGCAGACUGAGAGGAGGACGUGGUGGGGAGCGCAUUUGCAUGGGUUUGUCCACACCCCUCCAAAGAUAACGACGGCGAAGAGCUCCCAGCUUCGCAUACAGCAGCAAAAAAAGUGUCAGCGAAACGGAAGGCAAACGUGCAAUUCCCUUCUGAAGUGGAUGCAUUUUAUGUACUUCUGGGUCGGUGCGAAAGCUCGUCUCAUUUCCUUUGUCUGAAAAUAUCGCACUCCGAAAGGAUUCGAAGAUUUGGGAUUUGGAUUUACACCGAUAAUACCCCCACUGGCGACAGACAUGGAGUCCCUCCAGAGCGGUGUCCACCAUGUCGCUGUCUGCGCGGCCCACGCACCGAGUCCUCGUCAGGGCCGUCAGUAGGAGCCAGAGCUUUGCCGGCAUCAACUCCUACGACAAGCCUUACAGGAGCCUCUCAGUGUUCAGUACCCCUGUGUGUGUGAGGAAGAGUUCCUCUAGAGGAAGCAGGAUGUUCGCGCACUCUGCAAAGUCACCUCCUCCGAAGGUACCCCAGCCUGAAAGGCUGGAUGAGGUUUAUGAAGCCCUGAAGAGAGGACUACAGUCUUACCUGCAGGUCCAUCAACUGGAGCUGGACAGCCUGAACCGACAGAUGAGGGAAUCAAAGAGGAACUCUCGCCUGGGUUUUCUUUAUGAGCUGGACAAGCAAGUGAAGGUGAUCGAGAGGUUUAUGAGGCGGUUAGAAUUCCACCUUAGUAAGAUUGACGAGCUGUACGAAGCGUACUGUAUGCAGCGUAGACUGAGGGACGGGGCUAAUAAGAUGGUGAAGGCCUACACAGCCUCUCCAGGCAGCCGUGAGGCCCGAGAGAGCCUAUCAGAAGCCAACAAGGGCUUCAAGGAGUACACUGAGAACAUGUGCAUGCUGGAGAGUGAGCUGGAGAGCCAGCUCGGGGAAUUCCACAUCAAAAUGAAAGGUCUGGCUGGCUUUGCUCGACUCUGCGCUGGGGACCAAUAUGAGAUCUUCAUGAAAUACGGCAGGCAGCGCUGGAAGCUCCGGGGUCGGAUUGAGAUGAACGGGAAGCAAGUGUGGGACAGUGAGGAGAUGGUCUUCCUCCCUCUCAUCACAGAGUUCCUCUCUAUAAAGGUGACGGAGCUGAAGAGCCUGGCCAAUCAUGUGGUGGUGGGGAAUGUCUCGUGUGAGACCAAGGACCUGUUCAGCGCCCUGCCCCAGACCGUGGCUGUGGACAUCAAUGACCUGGGCACCAUCAAACUCAGCCUGGAGGUCACAUGGAAUCCAUUCGACAAGGAUGACCCGACAUCCACGGCCAGCACGGUGAACAAGCCCCCUACGGUGAACAAGCGCUUCUCCACCUAUAACCAGAGUCCCCCAGACACACCGUCCCUGCGUGAGCAGGCCUUCUACUCAGCCCCUCAGCGCUCCCGGCCCAGACAGCGCUGGCCCAUCCUGGACGUGUUCCGGGACUCGCUGGCCGAGAAGCUGGCUCAGAGUCUCAGCUGCAGCAACGUCUCCUCCGUCAGCCUCAACGACUCUCACGCCCACAGUCACAACAUGCUGAGGCGGCAGGACGAGAUGGAGAACGGCACAGCCUGGUCGAACUCCUCCGAAUCCUCCGACGAUUCCUCCAGCCCCCAGCUGUCCUUGGGAAUUCGCCACACCCACAAGAACUUGGUCCAGCCUGAGCUGCAGGCUGCCUCUCCCGCCAUCGAGAUCUCCUUCGACCCCCGCGAGUCGGCCACCUCCACACCCACGCGCCUGGCCAAUCAGAAGGAGGAGGAGGAGGAGGAGGAGGAGCUGGAGAAGCCCCGUGCGACCACAAUCACGGUCACCACAGAAGCGGCUAAGAAACAGGAAGUGCCCAACGGCCACGCCCGCUGCUCCCGCUCCCUGAGUCACAUAAGUGAGAUCAGCAUAGAUGCCGCUUUGACAGACAGGCCUGCCGGCGAACCAUCGGAGCCUUCUAACGCUGCAUCGUUGCUGUCUGCCAUGUCGAUAACGAACGUGGUCACAGACAUGACCCAUCGCGCUGAGCCAUGCUUGGUCAUUCCUGAGCCCCAAGAGGACAACCUGACCUCUGAGCUCGCCGGUCCAGGAACGUCCUCCUGCACUGAGAGUAGCUCCAGCGCUGCGGCCGACGAGGCCGGCAUUUCCGCCCCUGAGCCCGAGGAGCUCGCAGUGGCGCUCCCCUCCAACGCCAGCUCCACCUCCCCCACCCUUAGUGAGAAGGACUCCAUCUGCACCUCGCCCAGGACAGAGGCCCUGACCGGCCAAAGCGAUACUGUUCCUGCUGGGGCUGAAAAUAUAAAACAGGCCCAGCGCACGCAGUGCCUGUCCCAGGCGCGCACAGGCCCUCCGCGGGCCGAGAAGCCUGGGGCUGGAGUAGAGGCCUUCCGGGAGGACAGCGUAACAGGACGGGCCGCUGACAGUAGCGUGGAGGAGGCGCUUGCUGCUGCACUCUCCUCUCUAGAUGACUACAGGGGCCAGUUCCCAGAGCUCCAGGUGCUGGAACAGGAGCUGAAACUGCUGGAAGAGGCUCUCACUGGCCGAAGUAGAAGUCCUUCCUCCAGUACGAGCUUGACAGUGGAAACUGCUCUCGGAUGCUUUGAUUUCCUCAACUCGUCAGAUCCGGAUGAAGAGGAGGAAGAGGAUGGCAGGAAGUGUAGUGUGACAAACAGUUGUCAGCCAGUAGCUGCAGAGAGUGUAGCAGAGGAGAACUGUGAGAACCACAGCUGCGACGCACCUUCUGAGCCUCUCAGUACAGGCUGCCAGGUUCUAGAUCGCACCCUGCUGGUCCAUCUACAGAACUGCAGCUCUCAACUGCUGAGGCUAGGAAUGUUUGGCCCGCUGCGCUGUGGGGAGAUGUAUGCUCUGGACCGCCUGCUCCGAGAGGCACGCGUGCUCGAGCUCAUCCGCCGUGCUGCCAAGGGCAUGCUGGGCAGAGCCAUCAAGCCAGAGGAAGUCAUUCCACAGCUGGAUCAGUGCCAGGGCGCUGUGUUGCUAUGGAAGCAGUGUUUGGAUGGCAGCACCGUGUUCAGCACCUCCACAGAGGCCUUCAUACAGACACUAAGCAGUACAUACGCCAACAGACUACCAGAGAGAUGUACUGUCCCUGCAAACACAGUAUUUCUGUGUUUGGUGGAGAGGAUUCUCGAAAGGAAGCUGCCCAGACGUGGCAGAGGCGCAAGCAAGGAAAUGGUCACGAUCUUCCAGUUCUGGAGCUACCUGGAGGCAGAGGGCGUGAGCGAGCUGGAUGUGCACAUUACUGAGCUGGCUGAAGAGGUGUGGCUGGUGCAGUGUCUGCAGUCCGGGGACCAGGACGUGUGCCUGAAAGCCCUGAAGCGGCCUCCAGAGGGCGCUCUGAAGCGCGAGGGCCUGCGUGCCGUCAGCCUGCUGCUCGGGGACUCCCGGGGGAAGUUGUGCGGGGGAGCCGGCUCCCUGCUCCGCAGCCUCGCCGACCAGCCACGCCACCGCGAAAGGGCGCUGGUGAGCUGUUUGGAGCUGCUGGAGGACAAGUGUGUCGAGACCCGGGUUUGUGGAUGCAAAGCUCUCGCUUGUCUAAAGGCUAAGGAGAGCAUUGAGCCACUGGUAUACCUGUGUCGAACAGACAGGGAAGAAGUAAGAGAUGCCGCCAAGCAGGCGCUGAUGCUGCUGGGUGAAGAGGGGAAGAUCGCCCAUCGACACGUGGAGUCUGCGCAGGACGGCUUGCCCUGCCUUUUCACACCUGGCAGCAUGGCUAGCACCGCGUUUUAAACACCACCAACCCUGAAAAAACCCACAGACACUAUACACCUGUCUCCACUGUGCGCUCCCAGCUGUAAUCAUGACAACGGAAGGCUUGUGAUCAAACAGAUGCCAUACACUGUCUUUUUGAAGGGCACGUACAGACGUUAUUGCUGCGACGCGCCCUUGUGAGGAGCUGGUGUCUGCAGUGUGUUGAACGUGACAUUUCAUACACUCCGUGCACGCAAGGACACAAGAUAUGAAUCUGCAUGUUGAGAUGCGAUGUUGUGCCUGAGCGAGGAAGUUCUGUUAAAUGAUAUCCGGACGGGCCAGGCUACCACGAGAAUUCUGCCGCCGUGCACAGACAGGCACUGCUGUGCUUUGUGCCCCGUGGCAAUUGCAGGUGGAUGGAAAAUGUUAUUUUUGUGAUGUCACGUGAAUUUUAAAAGGGGUGCACCUUUUAAUAAGCUGAGUGUUUGAAGCUGGUUGCGAAGAGUGCAAAUGUAUGUUGGUAGGGAGACUCGGGGAUGGUGAUUACUUCUCUGGGAGGUUGAGUGUUCUGAGGGAGUGUUUUAGCAUACAAUGCCAUCAUUCCAUACUGUCAAUUUAUGUGCUUUACUGAAACAGAACAUAUAACCCAUUUGAUGUGUAGGUGGAUUUUAAUUUUUUGUUUUUGCAAGUGUUGUAAUUUUAGUUGUUACAGCUCAAAAGCAAACAUAGACCUGCUCUAAGUGAUGUCUCAUUAAAACUUCACAAUGGUCCUCCUAAGAUUCAAGGCAAUUCUGGUUCAAAAAGGAUAUCUGCUGUAAAAGUGUUAAAGCUGUUUUGUUUUUUUGUUUUUUUAAUACAUAUAUAAAUAUGCAUACAAAAUAUUAUCAAAAUGUAUAAGCUGUGGUGGAAUUUGCCUUUAUACAAGUAUAGUGACCUUCUUUAUGCUUGUGAUGUUUAGAAUGGCCCCGUUGUUUACUGAAGAUUUAUUUGCGCAUUCCUCGGGUGCUGCUCGACACAGGUUCUGUGCCAGAACCAGUUUUAAUUUGCAAAUUUGUUAAAACUUCAGAAUGGACAAAGAAAGCCUCCUUAAUGUACAAGUGCCUCCAAUGACUGGGGAGUAAUUAUAGUAAGAGAAGUAGACUUUAUUUAAAACUCAAAGUAGCAGUUGAAGAUGACACUGCAAAAGAUUUAAGUAUAUUUUUCCUUAUGACAUACAGAUUGUGCAGCAUUAAAGAUUUUUUUUAAAUAUAUUGUCUGACAAGGAUCUUGCUGACAUCAAGUGUAAAAAAAAACAAACAAACAAAAACAAUUAAAACGAUUUUAAAACAAA